AUGCCUGGAGGCAUCCACCCGCCAAUCGAAGUUGUGCUCGCAUGGCCAGAGCCAAACUACAUCAACCCAGCGGUCAGACCAAACACCGUUACGAUAUUGGCUUGCAUUCUGGGACCUACUACUGUGGCCAUGGUUCUCGCGAGGCUUUGGGUCAGAAUCAUCAUUCAAAGACAUCCCGGAUGGGAUGAUUGGAUUGUGCUCGCAGCCACCGUGAGUCAGUCCAGUCCAAGCAACCAAGAGCCCACAGCUGAUUUUGCAAGAUCCCCACCAUUGCCCUUACCGUUCUUUAUCCAUGCAGUAUCUGUCGAAAUGGGCUUUAAAAAACAUAUAUGGGAUUUAAAUCCCAUUGGGCAGAGCACUCGUAUGGUGACAGCCCGCAAGGUUACAUGGCUCUGCAUCGGCUUCAUCGCAGCCUACACAGUCGCAUUAACGCUUGCUCCCAUUCUCGGCUGCCAACCAAUUUCGGCUUUCUGGAACCAAUUGGACAUGGAAAAAGUACUACGAGGGUACAAGUUCCACUGCUUCGAUGAGGGAGCUGACGUCUUUGCUGCAAGCGUUAUCUCUUCUGCCCAAGAUCUCUUAACAGCGGUCCUACCCACGUUUCUAUACUGGAACCUCCGCAUACCAAUACGGCAAAAGAUCGCACUGCUUGGAAUAUUCGCCAUUGGGUAUGCUAGCGUAGCUAUUGGUGCAGUACGGGCUUAUUACAGUUGGCGCAUCUUCUACGAAACAUAUGAUGUAACCUGGUGGACCUGGGAUCUAAUGCUCACCUGUCUGCUUGAGCUUCACCUCGGAGCAUUCUGUGCCAACGCGCCCGCACUAAAGGUAUUCUUCAAGCACUUCUUCCAUGACAAGCUCGAUUCGACUUCAUAUCCAAGGACACCUGCGCCAUCGGGCGGGCACGCACACAGUCUUCUAACCAACUCGCGCUCUAUCAGUACGUUUUCUACCGUCUUCAGCAUUCUUUCCACAUUCUUGUCAAAGAGCGCUAUCUCCCCCACCAGCGAUGGCUACAUCUCAGAGCCGCACCACAGGGUGUUCAUUGACACCCAUGGUGGAGUGCAAGUCCACCGAGACUUCCAGGUGGUCCACUCUCCACUCUCUACAGCCUAUGAAAUUCGCCACGAGUCCAUGGCAGCUACCGAUCUUGCAUAUGACCGAUACUACGAGGAAAUUGAGCUUGGACGCUAUACGACAGGACACAAUUCAAUGGCAUCUAGUAUGCUUUCGACCGACUUGAUGGAGGGAAACGAUCUAGAAGCUCUGCCCCCUAUCUCAAGGUCACCCAAUACUACAAUGUUGCCAAAUUCAUCCUUGCCUUGCAAUGCAGAUCCACAGUCGUCAAUCAUCAAGGCCCUGCCAUCAACACUGCCAUCGGUCUUGAUUGAAAAAUGUAAAUACAUGUCCGGAGACAUCGACGUAUGUCGUCGCGGGGAUGAUUUCACCAUCUUGCAAGGCACUCGGAGUUGUCUUGGUAGCACAACACAUGAUGAUGACUCAGGUAAAUCUCUUCCACGCUCCCUCAACCCACUUGAAGCCUCGCUAAUUUUCAAGAGGAAACCCAAGAUCAUGAAAAAGUUGUUUGUGCCCAGUCCCAAAGAGGAAGGUGCAUGCUCAGAUUCGGAUUUGGGACUAGCAUUCAUUACCGGCAUCUAUCUCCAAACAGACCUCAUGGGAGAUGUCGAUGAGCCAUUGUCGAUGACGACACCAAAAGUAUCUCCGCCAGUUCUCAUCUCAUCUACUGAGAUACAACAAAAUACAAGAUUAGCAAAAUCGAGACGCAAUCUUUGCAACCAAGCUUUCUCCCGUCACAAGGAUCCCGACCCAGUAAAAUGGAACCCCAAGACCUUGCGAUUUCCGAACAGGCAACUGUUAUACGAAAUUCUUACACCCGAGAGCGUAUUUGCGGUUGUAUAUGAGGAAGAUGAGACAGAGAUCACGCGACGCAAUAACCUAUCUGGUGGGAUAACGGAUGAAGAAACGGCGAACGGCGGCGAGACAGUGGAAGGUACUUCUGGUACAAGAAGGAAAGUCAUCGCAUGCGCAGCAGCCAUUCCCUGGUCCGGUGGCUGGUCAAAAGAAGGCGCUGGUAAGGAAACAGGCUGGGAGAUCAAGACGACUCUUGCUGCUCUGGAGUCCCACCUCAUGGACGUGGAAAGAUCAAAGCUACAUGCUGAGGGCGUGGAGGGCGAAAGGGGCCAUGUAGAUUUAUGGAUUUUGGCGGCAGAGUGUAUAAACGGGACCACAGGCACUGAACAGUCCGGCCGACCAUGCCACUCACUAGUUGGCUCGUCCAGCCGGCAGUUGCAACCUGCAUUGGUACCCAUCGUUCGAGCUCCGCCCUCGGGCACACAUUUCGGCUUUGGGCAUUGCUAUCAACUCGAAAUUCUUCGACCAGCGUUGCAAGUCUCCACCCAGAUUCCGCUACAGGUUUGUCUCAUCGUCCCUGUAGAAGCUUCUUUGUACAACGUCGCCUACGGAUGA